AUGGUCCCCAAGAGACCUGGUUCUCAAAGGGCUACGACAAGCUAUUCUGUCAAGGAAGGGUCCGAGAAUGCGUUGGCUGCACUCAUCGCCGCAUGCCAACGACAACUCCCACCUGAAUUUGUCGAGCAUUUGCGAAACGUCGUUUUCAUCGCGCCACAGGGCGACGUACCUUACUUCCCAUGCCCCCUCAAAGAACAGGAGGCGACGGCCUCCAUUAAAGCCCUCGAGGGCAUGGCUGCCGCCGCCUUGUCGGAUUUUCGGCACGGUCCUCAAGCCCAGAGGCAUAUCGAGGUCGACGUAGCCCGUACGGCGUGCUUCUUGAUGUCGGCUUACCUCACAACAGUCAACGGCAUGGAUAAAGGUCACCCCAACGUGAAGGCCAAAAUCCCAGACACCGACUUGAACCAGGCGCAGUCCAUCCUAUACAGGCGCCUCUCUGCAAACCUCUAUGAAACCAAGGAUGUCGGCGAAUACUAUCACCUCCAUGGGUCACUCGAGGCCUCCAGGGCUUUGAACAUGAUCGGCCUGCCCGCUUUCAACCCAGAGCUCCAGGGCUACAGCGAGUGUAUCAAAACAAUCGAGACCGCAAUGAAAUGUUUCUCCGUGCAAGAGUUGGAAGAAAUGAACCGAAAAGAAGGCCAGGCCGGGGUACCUGUGCUCAAGAAAGAACAGUUCUCGAACACGCCCCACGGCAAAGUGCUUGAGCAACUACCUCCCCUGACCGUCAAGCCGAUAGAGUCAAUCACGCCACCAGCUCCCUUCGAGCCGCGACGCAGCAGCUCGGGAGCUGAGCAGUGCCUCAGCGGUAUCCGAGUAUUGGAGCUCUGCCGUAUUAUUGCCGGCCCAACCAUCGGCCGUUCCCUGGCGGCCCACGGCGCUUCUGUCCUCAAAGUGACCUCGCCAAACCUCCCCGACGUCCCCUUUUUCCAGGUGGACGUCAACACCGGCAAGCACGCCACCUCCCUACACCUCAAAGAUCCAGAGGAUCGCGCAACUUUUGAGUCGCUUCUCGCCAGUGCCGACGUCAUACUGGACGGUUAUCGGCCAGGUGUCGUCGACCGCCUGGGCUACGGACCCGAGAAGCUGGCCGUCAUCGCUGCAAGCCGCGGCAAGGGUUUCGUCUACGUCGCAGAGGACUGCUUCGGCGGAUCAGAGUUGGGCGUGGCGAAGGCGGAGUGGGCAGGACGCCCGGGAUGGCAACAGAUCGCAGACUGCGUCACCGGCGUCGCUUGGGAACAGGGCCACUUUAUGGGGCUGGACGCGCCCGUCGUGCCCCCCUUCCCCAUGUCUGACUACGGCACCGGCGCCCUGGGCGCCGUGGGAGCCAUGGCCGGCCUGUACCGGCGGGCGACGGAGGGCGGCUCGUGGGCCUGUCGGACCAGCCUGUGCCAGUACGACGUAUUUCUCUUGUCGCUGGGCGCGUACCCGCCCGAAGUCCAGGCGCGCUUGCGCAAGACGCACAGCCCGGCUUUUUUCGACCUGCGGCACCACGACUCCGUGGACGAGGUCGGUAAGCGGGCCCUGCACAGCGUAAAGCAUCUCCACCCGGAGCUUUUUGCAGAGGAUCUGAUGCACAGAGCAUGGAGCCCCGGGUUCGAUGCCGAGGUGAGGUGGCCGAGGGAGGCCGUCAGGAUCGGGGGGUUGCGGGUCGGGCAUAAUCGAGCAUCGAGGCCCAACGGAGCCGACGCGCCCUUGUGGGAGGACUGGGAGGUGCAGGAUGAUAUCGUUGGGGCAUGA